AUGAAUUUUGGAGUUUUCCGAAUGACGCUCAUACAAAAUGAACAAAGAUCAAACUCCAAAAAUAAGGCUCAAGAAUUGGGAUCAGACAUUUCCUGGAUUUUCCAAAGAUUUUCCAAAGGGAUGGGGGAUAUCCGUUCAUUCUCUAGACACUCAUUUUCCGGCCAAAAAAAUGAGAAAAUAGGAGGGCCUAUUCUGAUUAUGAUGACACAUAUAGAUACUAGUGUAAAUAAAAAUAAGAGAAAAACAUGGCAACUAAUAGUCCCCAAGCUAAUCGAACACAAGAUAGAGGAGGAGGCGAACGAAAUAAGUGAAUCUGAGAGAAAAGAAAGAGCUCCUUGUAUGUGUCUUCUCAUUGUGUUUGUGUAUCUGUGUAUUCACUACUAG